GCGUUUUCACUUGGCGACAUGUCGCAGAUACUUAUCGCUCGACAUUCACGUAGUUGUCUCUGCAAAAGUUGUGGGACAAUGUCCCGCGACAUAUGACUUGUUCACAUUGGCCAGUCGCGACCAGUAUGUCGCCCGAGGAGGUAGUGUUGUUCAGUGCAGCUUACAUAAUAAUUCGGAAGACCAUAGCAAAACGUAAAAAAAGAGGUGGUGGGUCCGAGAAUAUUUGCAACAAAGGGAAAGUUCAAGUUUACUAAGCAGUCUAAGGAUGCGCGACGGAUCUUUCGAAAAUUUUACUAGAAUGUCUAGAACCGAUUUCGAGAUACUUUUAAAUAUGGUUGGGCCGGCCAUAGUCAAGCAAGAUACAAAGUUUCGAAAAUCUAUCGACCCUCACAUCAGACUCGCAGUAACAUUGAGAUACUUGGCAACUGGAGAUAGCUAUGGUUCAUUGUCCUAUACUUUCAGAGUGUCAAAACAAGUAAUUUGUCAUACUAUACCAAAAGUUUGCCAAGAAUUGAUAAAGGCAUUAAAUUCUUUUGUAAAGACUCCAACCAAUGUAAAUGAAUGGAAAGAAAAAUCACGUAAUUUUGAAAUAUUAUGGAAUUUCCCUCACUGCAUCGGAGCGAUUGACGGAAAGCAUGUGUUACUAGAAGCGCCACCAAAUUCUGGCAGUGAUUAUUAUAAUUAUAAAGAAAAUUAUAGCUUGGUUCUCUUAGCAAUUGUGGAUGCCGAGUAUAACUUUGUAUAUGUUUACUGUGGUGCAAAAGGGAAAUCGUCUGACAGUGGAGUGUUCCAGGAAACUCCAUUUUAUGAAGCACUUAAUGAACAGCAACUGAAUUUACCAGAUCCCGAGCCACUGACCCAAGGUGGUCCGAAUAUAACAUACGUUCUGGUGGGAGAUAGCGCAUUUGCUCUAUCGGAAAAUAUGAUGAGGCCCUAUCCCGGCAUUCAUGAAAAGGGAAGCUUAAAGCGGAUUUUCAACUAUAGGCUCUCAAGAGCAAGAAGAAUAGUUGAAAAUGUUUUUGGCAUUAUGUCUGUAGUGUUUCGCGUAUUUCGUAAAGCUAUCCCAUUACGUCCAGUAAACGCUGAAUUAGUUGUAAUGGCAUGCGUGUACCUACAUAAUUUCCUGCGACGUAAUACAUCUUCAACCGCGCAUUAUACACUAAAUACCACAUUCGAUUUCGAAGACGCUGCCCAUAAUGUUGUGGAAGGUUCGUGGCGAAGGGAAUUGAGAAAUAAUAAUAUGAGAAACUUAAAUAUUCAUGGCAGGCCUCCUCCUCAACCCGCUCAGGUAAUAAGAAACCACUUUGCUGAAUAUUUCUCCAGUGCUCAAGGAAGUGUCCCAUGGCAAACAAAUCAAGCAUAGUCUGUUAAAAAUUUGAAUGGAGUUUUUUAUUGUCUAGGUUUAAUGACCAAGGAAUAAAUGAUAAGAAUCUUAGUGUCCUUAGGCACAUAUUGAAAAACCACUAAUAAUAAAUAAAAGAUUUCAUUAAU